GGAUGAGACUAAAGGAUUCUGGGAUACUUGGGGAGGAAGAAGGGUAGUAGGAGAACAGUUGUCUCUGGAAGCAGCCAAGACAUUGCUGGUCAGAGCAGGUGGUAGGGAGUGGGGGGCAGGGAGUGGAUAAUGUUAAUAGUCCUCUGGCUCCAGCCGGAACUAACACCCCUCCCCCCAAGCUGGCUAAGAUGGUCCUUCCCUUUACCCCUGAUCAAUGCUCAGAAUAACCUGGAGGAGUCUGCGGGCAGAUGGCGGGGAAAGUGCUCUGGAUGCUGCUUCUUCCAGGGCUUCUGGGCCUUGGAUGGGGGGAGAGUGAAGAACUUCGACUUUAUCACCAUCUCUUCAAUAACUAUGACCCUAGCAGAAGGCCAGUGAGGUGGCCAGAAGAAAAAGUCUCUGUCAAUUUCAAGGUCACCUUGACCAACCUCAUCUCAUUGAAUGAGAAACAGGAGACUCUCACCACCAGUGUUUGGAUUGGAAUUGACUGGAGCGAUUAUCGACUCAACUACAGCAGUGAGGACUUUGGGGGCAUCACAACACUGAGAGUUCCUGCUAACCUUGUAUGGCUCCCUGACAUCGUGCUGGAGAACAACAUAGACGGCGUGUUCGGAGUGGCCUACGAGGCCAAUGUGCUGGUGAAUGAGGGCGGCUUUGUGAGCUGGCUCCCCCCAGCCAUCUACCGCAGCACCUGCGCAGUGGAAGUCACCUAUUUCCCCUUCGACUGGCAAAACUGCUCCCUAGUGUUUCGGUCUCAGACGUACAGCGCUGCAGAGGUGGCAAUCGUCUUCUCGGAGGAGUCUGGCCAGAUUCUAAACAAAAUCCAGAUUGAUGAGGAGGCCUAUACGGAGAAUGGCGAGUGGGCCAUCGAUUUCUGUUCCGGGCAGAUCUGGUACCAUGAUGACCGCUCAGUGGAUGCCCCAGGGAAUAUUGAGGUCAUCUACACCCUCAUCAUUCGCAGGAAGCCCCUUUUCUACGUCAUCAAUAUCAUCGUGCCCUGCGUUCUCAUCUCAGGCCUCGUGCUCUUAGUGUACUUCCUUCCCGCACAGGCUGGUGGGCAGAAGUGCACGGUCUCCAUCUCGGUCCUCCUAGCCCAGACUGUUUUCCUGUUCCUCAUGGCAACCAAAAUCCCAGAGACUUCUCUGAGCGUCCCUCUGUUGGGGAGGUAUCUAAUUUUCGUCAUGGUGGUAGCCGCACUGAUUGUCAUGAAUUGCGUCAUCGUGCUCAACGUGUCCCUAAGGACGCCCAACACUCAUGUUAUGUCCCCUCGGUUGCGUUAUGUUUUCUUAGAGCUGUUGCCAGGUCUUUUGGGUUCUAUUCCACCUCCACCGGCGCCAGGAGCGGGUUCUUCCCAACGUAGAGCUUCCUCCCUGGGAAUUCUGCUCCGUGCUGAGGAACUGAUCCUGAGAAAGCCCCGGAGUGAGCUGCUAUUUGAAGGGCAGAGACAUCGGCAUGGGCCAGGGCCAGCUGCCUCCACUGCCGCAUUGUGUCAGAGCCUGGGAGCUGCUGCAUCAGAGAUUCGUUGCUGUGUAGACGCGGUGAACUUCUUAGCGGAAAGCAUGCGGGAGCAGGAAGACUCUGGGGAGGAAGUUUCCAGCUGGGUCCUCGUGGGAAAGGCCUUGGACAACCUCUGCUUCUGGGCAGCCCUGGUGCUCUUUGGGUUUGGCACAGGCCUCAUCUUUCUUGGGGGUCAUCUGAACAGAGUGCCCGACCUGCCCUUCCCUCCUUGUAUGUAGACUUCCCUUUUGACCAGGAGGCA